CAGUUAGAUCAAAAUAAGACAGAUCUGAGAGAGACACACAGGCAUCUGAGCCAUGAUGAAGACUUUGUGUGUUGCUGUUGUUGUGCUGAGUCUCACUUCAGUGUGCCAGCCUGCGUCACUGGCCUGCGAGAAGCUGUUGAAGCCAGUAGACAAAGGACCAGAUUUGUCUGGAGGUUGGUACCUCAUAGCCAUUUCCUCGGACGUCUGUUUGGUUACAACAUUACUGAAUUCAGUUUUUUGGCCAAGUUUUGCAGUGGAUGUUACCUCUAAGGACACACCAAACAUCUAUGAUGUCAACUUUAAGGUUAAAAUGUAUGGAUAUUGUACAAAUGAAACAGAACAAUAUUUCUAUGAGAAAAACAACAUCUUCAGUGUCAGCAGCAACAAUACCCCAAGUGGUGAACCAGAUGUGCUGCUGCAAAGUGGCUGUCCUGACUGCAUUGUCGUAAAGGACACUGACAUCAUUGACACUCUUAUGCUCUACAGUAGGAGAAAGACUGUCACUGCUGCUGAGCUGAAGGAGUUUGAGACACAGACAGAGUGUCUCGGCUGGCCCACACCACAGGUCUUAAACACAGAUCACGAGUACGAAAACUGCCCAGCACUUGAUGAUGAUGAUGAUGACACCGAUACUUCCAGAUUAUCACUCAUGAUGUAUCAAAGACUGAAAAACGUGUAUACAGAGCCGCUCAAGUGUCUUGCAUAUGACUUUCUUUAUUACCCCCGUCUUGCCUAUGAGUGGGUUCGGCAAGAGUGGGAUAAUAUAUGGCCCUUUUAGGGCACUACUACAACAAACAUUCAAUCAAACCAAUCAUGUUUACGUGAAAUGGUUCCCCAUUUACACCUGGUAUUAGAAUGUGAUUUGUAUCCGUUAUUUUGAAUGCAUUCUCGUUAUUCUCAUAGAAAUCUGAUCUCUGUCCUCCAGAGCAAAAAAAAGCGUGAUUCAUUUGAGGUAGGGGAUUUCGCCCCAGACUCCUUUAAAAAUCACAUAGUUUUGUUUGUUUCUCAAUUAAGUUAAGUAUUUGUCCCCUCUUGCCAAAAGUAAUUGCCUGGAUGAAGGUAUUCCUUUCUUCGUAUAAGAAGAUUGUUAUUCACUUCUGACCCAUAUAGCUUUAAUUUGUCUGCCUUCGUGCUUGCUAUAUUUUAUGUUGGCUAAAAACAAAUAUCUGUAAGCAAAACUAUUUUGUCAUGUGUAGAUGCCAGCAUGUCAUAGGCUAUGGAUUGUGUUUAUACCUAUCUAAGACCUGAGCACAACACCAGCCAGAUCAUCUCCAGGGGUAAAACUUUGAGAGUUGCAAACUUGUAGAACUUUUUCUGUCAUCCACAAACACAACAGUAACACCAUUUGACAUUCUUCAUUGCAGGUGUACAAAAUCAUAUUCUAUCAAUCACAAAUGACAAAACUUAUACACUCACAUUUUUGCUAAUGUUGCUGCAGAAAAAAACGUUGUGUUUAAGAAUAAAUUCAACUCUUAAUCUA